UUUCUUAAAUUUUUAAGAGUCUUAUACUUAAAACGUUUUCAUAAGCUCUUCACAAAUGUGUUUAAGACGCCUGUGCAAGCAUUGCUUGUAAGGGUGCUGCUAUUUUAAUUUUCGCAGUUGUAAAUAUAUACUAGUUAUGCGAUUGUCAAUGCGUUAUUUACUGCGCUUCGCAUUUCUUGUUAGAAAAUUAUAAUACUUCUGCAAUGGCAUACAGAGAUUUUGCUUUAAAGGCUGGACUCAAAGUAAAAUGUGCUAUCAAAAAGCCUGUGCAAGCCCUGUAUUACAAUGCGGAAUUCAGCAGGCAAACAGACAAUGCAAAAUAAUCAAAAAAUAAAAAGAGAGCCAUAAUGGCUUUAAGUACCCUCUAAUUGCCUUUGUUAAUUUUCAAGCAUAUUUUAUGUUGAGCUGCCUUUAAAAGCCGCCGGCAGUCAAAGCAAAGCCGCAGUCAGACAAUGAAGCGUAAAAAGCGGAAAAGGAAAUUAAGUGACUGCAGCGGCCAUCCAGCCACGCCUCGCACUCCUUCGCCUACUUUUGCAAAGCUCUUGCAGGCCACCGCGGCACGCCAUUGUCAAGCCACUUGCCACACGGUGGCCAUUGUCCAGCAUGUUUGCAUCCAGACAACGGGCAAAUCCAACAACAGCAACGACAACGAAAAUGUGAGACGCCAUUUGCGAAUGCUUGCUUUGCUACGGCUGAGGGCGUCUGCGGUCGCUCGGAUGGCCCCCGGGCUGCGGUUGACGGAUGCAAAUUGAGGCAGGCACCUAGCAAACACGAAGAGCAACACGAUUUAACUGGUUCACACUUUGAUUUUGCCCGUGCUUUCAAUGGUCGUGACAUUUUGGGGCAAGCCGCAUCUGUACUGUACGGCUCAUGGGGAGGAAUAACUUUUUUUUAUAGCUGUGACCAUCUGUUGCGCCUCUUCACAGCCCACAGCUGCAAGGAUUACCGCCCAUAAACGUCAGCAGGGAAAACCUUAAGCGCAGAUGUUGCACCUAAGUGCUACCUGUGGCAGGUGUGUGGAACCCAAGCGCCGCCUACCUGUUAUCAGCUUUCCAGAUAUAUAUACCAGCGUCCAGUAGCAAGAGCAUAACAGUCAUCCAGACAACUCUGUCACAGACACAGCAUUCGCAUCGAUUGAAAGCAAACGCAGCAUGUACAACGAGGAGCCAAUUUCAAGCUUUGUGUUCAACAACGAAGGAGAAAAACAAACCUUCCGCCAUCAGUGGCACGUGGAGGGGCAGUUGCAUGAGUGCACCACCUGCUACAGCAGCAUCGAUGCGGAUGAGCCGCCCAGCCAGCACUGGCUGCGACGUGGCGAGGAGCAGCGGCCGCAACUCACCAAGCAACAGCAGGCGGUAUUGGACAUCAUCGAGGCGCGUCAAAUAGAGACAUUCUUCUUUUGCGACGAGAGUGCGCAGCAUAAGCUGGAACAGUUUAUGGCCGAGACAUGCUCCAGGGCGGUGCCGGAAUUGUUGCGCUGGAUGUUUCACAAUGGUACGCAGCGGUUGGAGUUCAAUGUGGCGUGCUAUGUGCAUGUCCAGAACCAGGUACACAUCUUUCAGAGCGGCACUCUGGCCGUUCAGCAUCACUAUGACAUUGAGGAGAGCGUGAGUGUUGUCUACGAGCUGCUCACACAGCGCAUUCAGAACUAUCUGAGCAGCAGCCAUGACGUUAGCCUUGACGAAUGCAGCAUAACGCGCAUACGUGUGCAGCUGAAGCGGCAGCGCGAGGACACCGAAUCCGCGGGCUCGCCAUCCUUGGCUCUACCUUUGCCGCUGCAGCUGCGCCAGGAAACGGCUGCACGCAGCAACCUCACCAGCGAGGCCGACUUGGCCAGUUUGCGGGCGGCAUAUGUAAAGCAUCAGCGCGAGUGCAACGGCUAUUUUCCGCCCAAUAUGCGCGUAAAUCUGUACGGGCUGCAGCAGUGCCUGACCACCAAGGAAUUGUAUGUGGUGCCCUAUCACAUAAGCGAGACGCUGCAGCAGCGGCCCAACAAGAAUUUCCUCAUACUGAACGACAUCAUGGGCCAGUUUCAGCGACUGCACGAGCUGCAAACCCCAAUGGCGCCCAAUAACAGCCGAUCCCGUACACGCCCAUUCCAGUGUCGCCGCUGCCGGGCUCAGCUGAAGAGCCGCAGCCGUUUGCAUAUUCAUCAGCAAUUGCGCUGCGGCCAGGACUUUAGCUUGGACAGCAUUCAUCCGGAUAUUGUGGAGGUCUACGAGCAGUGCCUGCCCAUUUCGCGCAGCGUUUCCCUCUACACCUGCUACGGCAUUACCAAGCCCAAGACGGUCAUUCGAAAGGGUCAAUUUGUGCCCAUCGAGUGCGACUGGCGCCGCAAGAGCUCCGUUCAGGUGCAGCACGGACCCUGCGUAGUCAUUAGCAAUGCUCAGCUCAGUAGUCCCUGUAAAUACACAUAG